GUGAUAAGCGUAGCCUUGAUGGCGACGGUGUAUGAGGCGAUGGCUGAUGGAGGAUACGGAAGUCGCCGAGGUGGAGGUGGAGGAGGCCACAGCGGAGGUGGAGGUGGAAGAGGCCACAGCGGAGGUGGAUUCAGCGGUGGAAUCGGAGGAAUCGGAGGCGGAGCUGGUGCAGUCGCCGGUGGAUUCGGGGGAAAUGGAGGCGCUGGAUUCAACGGCGGACACGGAUUUGGUGGAAAUGGAGGCGCUGUAGUUAGCGGCGGAGGCGGAUUUGGAGGAGCUCAUGGUGUAGGAGGAGGUGUCGGAGGUGGAGCUGGAGGAGGAUUUGGAGGUUUGACUGGUGGUGCUGGCGGUUACAGCGCAGGUAAUGGUGGCUUUGGCGGUGGAAAUGGCGGCUUUGGCGCAGCUACUGGCGGUGUUGGAGGCGGAAAUGGCGGUUUUGGCAUCUCGACUGGAGGUUUUGGCGCAGGUAAUGGCGGAUUCAGCGGUGGAAAUGGCGGCUUUGUCGCAGGUAGUGGAGGCUUUGGCGGUGGCAACGGCGGAUUUGGAGGUGGCAAAGGUGGUUUUGUUGGAAGCAGUGCCAGCUUUGGAGGUGUUGGCGGGGGUAAUGGAGGUAACGGCCGUCGAAGCUAUGGAAGGAAGUAA